UGUUUUCUGUGUAGGAUAGAAUCACGCGCUAGAUCAGAUGAUUAUUUGCAGUGGGAACUGAAACGGCACAUGGGCAUUCACGUGCAUCGCAAUGCCAAGCUUGCAUCUGUCGCUCAAUCCGGUCGGUCCAAUGCAGGAGGAAGAAUGCUCACCUUCACGAGUGCAAUUGCAGGACUUGUGAUUUCAUGCCCAUGAACUAAUGAGUGGAAAGAUUACAAACGAGGACGAGACGACGAGACACCGUGAAUUAAGGCAGUUCAGAUUCGGACACAAGCAUGUUCUCGCUCAGUGGUUCCGUGGAGAAAAACGGCAAUGAGACCUACGUCUUCACCGGAUCGAAGACGACGAUCAAGUGGCUCACGAAGAUUUUCGCAGCGGCGAAUGACAAUCUAAAAACGCCGCUCGCACAGUUCAAAGUGUCAGCGAAGAGGAAAGCUGCCGCUGGAUCGCGGGUGUCCAAAUCGUCUCAAGAAUCGUCUCGCAAGGCAUGGGAUUACGGUCCCAAAAGCCGUCCUAAAACAACUCCAGGCACCAAAGCAUCCAGGGCCACCAUUCCGAUCACAAGUUUCAAAAGCAGUGGAGGCUCGGCGGGACUCGCCACUGCGACGCUGUCCGGGCUCGAAAGACCUCGAGCUUCAUCGUCAGCCUCAUCGGCGUCCGUGGCGUCUAGUCAGUUGCAAGCAUCUUGCGCAAAAUCGCCCACUAAACGACCUCAAUCUACGACCACAAUCAAAAUCCGCGGACCGAAAUCGGGCGAGAGACAGAUCCAAACACCAGCGUCGACAUCGACAUCGACAUCAACAUCGACAUCAGCCGCAGCAGCAGCAGUAGACUCGGUACUGGAAUCAUCGGUUCAAUCGAUUCUGCCCACAAGGAAGAUUGCCCAUUUCUCCAGUAAGUUGACAUGGACGAAGUCACCAGGGCUGGCGCUUCCGAGUGGCUCACCCAAUUCGAGGCUAGCGCUCGAGCAACUCCGUCCUAAACAACGAGAAGAACCAGUAGCUCCUCCAUCACAACGCCGUGAGGCAAUUUCAAGAAGCAUUGACACUUGCAAGCCCUUCUUGAGGGCAAAAUCUGGCAAGACAUUGUCCGAGCGUACCAAUACCAGUAUUGCCAACGACGCCGUGACGAGAGCUCUGCAGAAUGCUUCCAAACCCUCAGCAGAACCCAAAAUUUUCUCCUACUUGAGACCACCACCAGAAGGAGCUAAAUAUUCACACAACCUGACAUUCAAGAAUCCGCUGCUGAAGAAAUACCACGAGGGCAAAGUCACUGCCGCCCUGCGGUGCUUGUCACAUCCGGAGAUCAUCACAGCCGACACAUUCCGAGUUUUAUCUGCGCCUUUCCAGAGAUUCCUCGUACAGACGCAUCCGGAGAUGUCCUACCUAAGCCAUCAGCAGCAGCAGCAGCAGCAGCAGCAGGACAUUAUGGAAAGUUGAUUGAAUUUGAGGUCUAGCAGGUUUCUAUGCAUACGUACCGGACUGGUCCGCCACACUGCCAUCGUUGAAGGCGGUGGAUGCAGAUGUCGUCCCCGCGGGCGAAGCAGAUGUUUCGUCGACAGAUGGUCGAGCCGGAACUUGGUCCAGGAGAGGCACCGUAUCAUGAGCAGAAGAGGAAAACAUUGUGAAGUUUGUCUGUCGAUCUCUGUUUCUGUUUCUAUUUCUGUUUCUGAUCUCAAGACCGUCAGAGCAAAUCAAGCUCCUUCAACACAGAG